CUGUCAUUGUCCGCUUCUAACUUGUGUGAUCGAGAUGUUUCCUCAAAGCUUUCUUUGUAGAGCGACACCAUGGCUGUUGUUUAUGCAAGAAGAAAAGAUGGAACACUCGAAGAGAUUGGUCGUACUGAAGUAGUAUUAAACUCAUUGAAUCCUCUAUGGACUGCCAAAUUUGUUGUUAAUUACCGAUUUGAGGUCAUGCAGCCUAUGGUGUUCCAGGUCUAUGAUAUUGGACCAGAGUUUCAUAACACGCCGGUGGAGAUGCUUAAGUUCGAUGAGCAGCAAUUUCUUGGACAAGCUAGCUGUCUCCUAUCUGAGAUAGUCACCAAGUCUACUAGAUCAUUGUUUACCCUAAAGCUUGACCAUGGAGAGCACAGGUCAACUCAACCCGAGAAAUUAGGGGAGCUUACUGUUCAUGCUGAGGAGUGUGCUAACUCUAAAGUCGCAUUUGAGAUGAUAUUCCGAUGCGUGGAUCUGGAAAACAAGGAUUUCUUCUCAAGAAGUGAUUCCUUCUUGGUGAUAUCAAAAUUAACUGAGUCUGGUAUGUGCAUUCCAAUUUGCAAGACAGAAGUGAGAAAGAAUGAUCAUAAUCCAAUUUGGAAGCCCAUAGUUGUGAAUCUUCAACAAGUUGGAUCUAAGGAAAACCCUUUAAGUAUUGAUUGCUAUAAUUUCAGUAACAUUGGCAAGCAUGACUUAGUAGGCAAAGCUGUGAAAUCACUUGCACAGAUAGAACAGCUGCAUCACACUCAAAGUGGCGAGCAUUUGUUUUUGCUUACUGCUGCUGGACAUGAGCAGCACCAUAAGAUUUUGAAAGGUCAACUACAUGUGGAAAAAUUUUCUCAAUGCAAGAGUCCAACAUUCUUGGAUUACAUUGUUGGAGGAAUUGAGCUGAACUUUAUGGUUGCCAUAGACUUCACUGCAUCAAAUGGAAAUCCACGACUUCAGGAUUCCUUGCACUAUAUUGACCCCUCAGGUCGGCCGAAUGCAUACCAGAGAGCGGUAAUAGAAGUUGGAGAAGUUUUGCAGCUCUACGACUCCAGUAAGCGCUUCCCUGCUUGGGGCUUUGGAGCAAGGCCAAUUGAUGGUCCUGUGUCUCAUUGCUUUAAUUUAAGUGGAAGCACCCACCACUGUGAGGUUGAAGGGAUUCAUGGAAUAAUGUCAGCUUAUAUGGGUGCCCUCCGGAAUGUUUCAUUGGCAGGUCCUACACUGUUCGGUCCAGUAAUUACUACUGCUUCACAGAUUGCCAGCCAAUCCCUUUCCCACAAUCAACAAAAAUACUAUGUUCUGCUCAUAGUCACGGAUGGAGUUAUAACAGAUCUCCAAGAAACAAAAGAUGCACUAGUAAAUGCUUCCGAUCUACCUCUAUCAAUCCUCAUUGUUGGUGUUGGUGGUGCUGACUUCAAAGAGAUGGAGGUAUUAGAUGCAGAUAAAGGGGAGAGACUUGAGAACUCAACUGGUCGGGUACCAACAAGGAAUGUAGUGCAGUUUGCUCCUUUGCAAGAUGUGCAAAGUGAUGGUGAUGGAGUAACAGUCAUUCAAUCGCUUCUAGCAGAGUUGCCUGGACAAUUUAUGAGUUACAUGAGGACUAGAGAUAUUGGAUCACUUGGCUAAUUUGUUUCAGAUAUUGCCCUAUUUAUGAUUUGCCUCUUGUUACUUAAUUUUGAGCCAUGUUUUUCUUCAAUUUCUAAUGUCAUUCAGAUACAAGAGUCUUGUGAUGCCCGGUGCAAUUUUCAGUUUUAUUUCAGGUUCAGUUUACAUUGGCCUCUGAAAUUGCACAGGAAACAGAGGAAUGAUGUAUAAAAACUGAAUCUGAAAUCUCAAUCGAGUUUCUGAGUUUUUUAAAGUAUGUAGGAAGAGAGUUCCAGUUACAAAAGCUCAGGAAACCCAAAAGUCUAAGUUCAGUAACAAGUUUGUAUAUAUAGAUAUAGAUAGAUACAUGGAUGUAGCGAUUUGUUAGAAAAUUCUUGCGGCUUAUUGGCUUCUUCAGCUCUUAUCAGUUGAGUGCAAACCUUAAAUUGUAAGCACACCAGAUGCUAUAUCAUAUAUGACUGUUUUUUGCCC